AUGCUCCGAUUUUUUUUGGAAAAAGUUGUCCGAUAGAAGAAAAAGUCAUCGUGUUCGCAGCCCAGUUGGUUUCUAAAUUUGUCACAUUCGUGCAAUUUGAUAAGGUUGCAUAGAGAUUCUGCAGUGUCGCUUGUGUUUUGUUCUUUCCUCAAAUCACGACACAAAACAGCAUGCACUGUCGGCAUAUGGCCGGCUGAUAUACGAGAUAGUGAACAAGGCUGAAACGAGCUGAAAAGCCUACGGGCCAUAGACGUGGGGUCCAAAGUGGUAUUGUUUUAUCUGGCUCGGGCCUACCGUUUGCAGGAUGACUGACCCAUUCCUAUAUUCACAUCAUAUCUCUUAAACAUUGACCUCUGAACGCGCAUAGAUGUGGCGUAAAUUCGAGGGACCUAGCUAUACCGGCUUUUCGUCCGUGGACGAAGCUAUGCAUAAUUGCACCACCGUGGAUAACAAGGCUAGCACAAGAGCCGGAUGCUGGACAGUUCUCAACUGUGUUCUGGCCGCCGCAAGCCCCCAUCAACAAGCAAAAUUCUCAGCGGCGGCUACAAUUCUAGGCCUGCUGCCGACAGUACUUUGCCUUAUAUCAAUAUCGACCGACGAGCUUCUGCAGAUUCAUUGCCGCUUCCCCAUACUAGCUUUAUUGCUCUCACUGUCCAACCCUUCCACCAUCUCCACAAGUUUAUCCUCAGACCCGGUCAAUAUAAGACCUCUGCACGCAGAGCGUUCUUUGGGACUCAAAAAGCUUCUGUCGUACAGUGUUCGGCUACCCCUUGGCAACCAGCUUUCUCUCACGCUCUUGUAUCAUGAUGUCAUUCUACAUGUGCUGGCUGCGGGUUGUGUCGCCCUUAUCGCUUCCCAGACCUUGGUUCUCGGCGUGAGAGGCGUGGUUGUAUUUGCAUGCUGGACCUGGCACAACCCUUUCACCUGGUGGGCUGCAGGGGGAAUUCUCCAUCUCCUCCAAGCCCUCACAUGGCGCCUCUGUCUUGGUCCGAUCAAGCCUUCGUUAGUGGAUCCAUGGACGCGGUGGACGUCUUCCAUCGCGAGUUGCAAGUCAGUCCUUGCAGUGCGGAGGCCGCGGAUUGCAAGAGGCUUGGCUUUGUUCUUCCAGGUCACUGGACUCAUGAACUAUGUUUACGGUACUGUGAUUCUAUCCGGGAUGAUGUUAGUGAACCCAUAUAUCGCACUGCGAACCGUUGCGGUUAUCGGACUCUCGGGGUUGCUUGCGAAGCUUAUUGCGAUGUGGCUAUUAACCAUCUUUCCGGAUAUUGAAAGCCAAUACAUUGAAACACUGGAGAGCCACGAGGGACAGAAGCGGACGUCGUCGGAAGAUUGCGAUACUACUAGAAUCAUGAUUGUAGAUGGGGAAUAAGAGCUAUCUAUACGGCACUUGUGUGAUAUUCCAUU